CCGCUAGUCGACAUUCUCCCCUCGUUAGGUCAGUCAGUCUCUGCCGUUCCUUCGAUGUGAACACGUCGAUCUCUUCUUUUUUUUGUUUAGUUUGACAUUAGUUUUCUUUCGGUUUGUCAAUCGCCCCGCUGCAGACUCGUCCACGAAGACGGAGUGCGCCUAUUGAUGUGCCUUGUUUUUUCUGUGCCGACAGUGAUGUGAUAAGUGCGGAACCGAGAGGGGAGAGAGGAAGAAGAUUGGCGGAAUUGGGACCAAAUGUCCUGUGCCGGGGGCAUUUGCGUGUCGUCCGGUGGCACAUGUUGAUGUUCCGGAGCCGUCGGAACGGAUUGGCUAAGCGACUCUGGAGAGCUCGAAUAUCGGGUAAUGAGGAAGGUCGCGAGGUGAUCAAACGACUCCUGAAAAGGCUGAACGACGACCAGCUGGAGAUGUUGGCGGAAGCAGUGGAGUGCCGGGGUGGAGACGCCACCGGCUGCAUCCAGUUGGACCAACCGGCGGAGUGGGACUCGCCCCAGCUCGUCGCAUGCCAGGUCUGGAGGUGGCCCGACCUCACGACGUGCAGGGAGCUCAAGAGGCUGCCUAUCUGCAGGUCCGCCACCUCCGUCUGCUGCAACCCAUACCAUUGGAGCAGACUACUUCAACUCGAAGCUCCGCCUCCCCCUUAUUGUAGGUCCUCGUGUGAGAGGCUCAAACCUGAAGAUCGAGCGCCGAGCGAAAGCAGCCAACCUGAGCUCCGGGGGUCGCUCAGCACGAACGGCGAAGGCGAUUCGGAAGCGUGUGGACAGUGGUGUAGACUCGCUUACUGGGAGCUUUCACAAAGGAUAGGAAGGCAGUACCCUGUAGAAAACAACUUCGUAAACGUAUUCGGGAGCCUUCCUCGUGGCGAUGGCCUUUCCCUGGCGACCCUGGCCAUGCAGAAAACGCCCAACCCCGACGUUCUGAAAGCUCGCGAGAAGAUCGGAAGAGGGGUGACUCUGAGUAAAGAGGACGACGGGGUUUGGGCGUACAACAUGUCAGACAAUCCGGUGUUCGUGAAUUCUCCAGCGUUGGACGAUCCGGAUUCGAGCUUCUGCAUUGUGUAUAAGGUGCCACCCGGCUAUUGCCUCAACGUUUUUACCGAAACAGCGAGAUGCAAACCUUGGACGACAAUAUCACGGCCGCACAUUGGACCAAUUGAUCCGUUCUCGAUUAGGAUCAGUUUCACCAAAGGUUGGGGGCCGAAGUACACGAGGCAAGAGGUGACUUCAUGUCCUACAUGGCUAGAAAUCCUUCUGGCUCCUUGUAGGUGACUGUUCAAAUACAUUCUCACACAAUCCCCCGACCUCCAAUCAAAUUUUUAUUGUUAUAGCUUUAAGCAGUAUUCCCCUUUGUGAAAAGGAGGCGUGGAACACUUAUGUACCUUAAUAAAAAUGUUUGUACAUAAUGUUGGGGAAUCCUUUUAGUCAUUUUUUCCCAAUUAUCCUUAGAAUUCUUAAGCAGAACACAGUGCCUUGUAUUAUAAGCUGCUUAAAUCCUUUUGUUUUUGACUGGAUCACUCAGGGGUUCAAUUUGUCUUAUUUUGAAUAAAAAUAGUUGAAAUGUGCUUUGGAAUUUACAUUUUAAUACUAUACUACAGUAGUGCCUAACUCCGAAAUGCCUUAGAAAAAAAAAAGUCCAAUUUUCUGUAAAGAUAUUUUUCAUAUUAAAUGUUUAUUUAUAAAAUUGUUACAAUACUAAUAGACUAGGAUGGCCUUAAACAUUGUUGAAAUAUUUAAACAAGAGCUUAAGUGUACAUAAAGGUCUUAUUGUGCAAAUAUUUAUAUUUGAAAUUUAUAAAUUAAAAGAGAAAAACAAAAACCACAAAGUACUGACACUUUCACAAUUUGUAAGUCGAAAAAACAUCGACAUGUGAAUUCAAAUGCUCUUGAACUGUACUUAAGAGAAUUAAUUUUAAAACGAUAUUGCUCGAUUUGUAAAUUAAGUACCGAUAGACUGCAUAUUACAAAGAUUUAUAUAUAUUUUUUCAUAAAAAAUAUAAAAAAUAAUAUAUAUAUUGCCAUUCUGAGCUGUGCCUUUAAUGUAUACACUUAUUUAUUAAAAGUGCUAUUUUACAUUGGUGAUGAGAGUUCUGCCAAAAAACAGUUUUUUAAUAAAGCAAUAAACAAAAUUAAGCCUUCAUGUGGAAAAUAUUGGCAAUUUACAUGUUUGUAAACUAUGGACUAGUUUAGUAUAAUUUUUUGUCAUCCAUUAUUAAAAAUAAUAAAACAAAAAUGGCAUUCCAAAGGCUAAAUUGGAGUCUGAUAAAUUGUACCUAAAUUUACAACCUUACUUAAUUUUUUGUAAUUGUUAAAUUGGAAUAAAACUGAAAUUGGCACUUAGCCUGUACUUACUCUCGUUAAGACAUGUGUGAAUGGUACCAUCAACAAAAUAAUGACUUCCAUAAAUUCGUAAUAUGUAAUUCUUAAAUUUAUUUUCUUUUUCUUAAAGCAGCUUUCUUAUAUUUUCAAUUUAUUGUAAUUUUAGUUUACAGCGAGAGAAAUCAAAUUAAAACUACUUGUAUUUAGGCCACAAAUCAUCACAUAUAUUUUUCUCUAUUUUUUCCCUUAUUGUUGACUUUUGAAAUAACAGUUAGACUGUAACUUUGUUGAUGUUAUAGUAUUUAUUAAAAUCAUUAUAUUGUAAAUAUAUUUUUUUUAUUGCGAAUUUGUUCAGGUAUUCACGAGUGCCUGGCAAUCAAUUGCAAUUGUACAUAAUGUACAAAGCUGCCUUGUAUUCUAGUAAAUUUAAAUAACAAUUUAAUGGCUAUUUUAUGUACAUAAUUUACAUAAUGUGUAACAAAAUA